AUGACGGUUACCGAGGCCGAGCCCGCGCAGUCAUCCGCGCAGAAUAUCCUACGAUUGUUCCCCGAGAUCAACACCCAACUCGCCUCCCAGACACAACAGUCCGCUACGCAAGAUGCAGACCUUGCAGGUUACGACGAAGAGCAGAUUCGACUGAUGGAUGAGGUUUGCAUUGUUCUGGACAACAAUGACAUCCCGAUCGGCAGUGCGAGCAAGAAGGUCUGCCAUCUCAUGGACAACAUUGACAAGGGACUGCUUCACCGUGCCUUCUCAGUCUUCCUGUUCAACUCGGAGAACAAAUUACUACUGCAACAACGAGCAUCUGAGAAGAUCACAUUCCCCGAUCUGUGGACGAACACAUGCUGCUCGCACCCUCUCGGCAUCCCAGGUGAGACAGGCGCAACACUGGAUGCGGCCAUCAUGGGUGUCAAGCGAGCGGCUCAGCGCAAACUUGAUCAAGAGCUGGGCAUCAAGGCACACCAGGUUCCACUGGAGAAGUUCGACUUCCUCACGCGCAUCCACUACAAGGCUCCUAGUGACGGCAAGUGGGGAGAGCACGAGAUUGACUACAUUCUCUUCAUCAAGGCCGACGUCGACCUGAACGCGAACCCCAACGAGGUUCAGGCCACGAGAUACGUCAAGCCUGAUGAAUUAAAGGAGAUGUUCGAGGAAGGCAAGCUGAGCUUCACUCCGUGGUUCAAGCUCAUCUGCAAUAGCAUGUUAUUUGAGUGGUGGGAACAUCUCGACAGUGGAUUGGACAAGUACAAGAACGACACCCUUCUGAGGCGCAUGUGA